AUGGCGGUCGACCCGGCGGACCCGCCUCCAGUGGAGCGAAUGGCAGCUAAGCAGGCGCGAGCAUACAAGGCAACCUAUUACGACCAGAAUCUACGGCAGAUACCCCCUGGGCAGUGCUUCGAUGCGGCGAUUAAAGAUGGCACGAACACGGGUUUCAUGACAUUCAGCGACGAUCUGAUCUGA